CCAGGUGAGCCUGAGGGACAGACAUGAAGGACCCACAGCUCCCAGCCAUCAAAGCCCGCCUGUGGCCGAAGCAGAAAGGGGGCAAAAAAUCCAAAGAUGAAGCUCCAGCUGUGGAAAAGUCACCCAAGAAGACCCCAGCCUCCCCCGCCGUAUCUGCCAUCCCACAGCUGACCGAAGAGGAGAGAAUGAGGCAGACACCGUUUGAGAGGGUCGUCUACGACAUGGCCCACAACGAGAGGAUGGUCAAUGACCUGAUGCUCGGGCGAAGAGUUGGCUUCUACGAGCUGCGUGGAGAGGUCGGGCAGGGGAAUUUCUCCACGGUCAGGUUGGGCAUCCACGCCUUGACGAAAGAGAGAGUCGCUGUCAAAAUCAUGGACAAGAUGCGUCUGGAUAAGAGGAGCCAGACGCUGAUGUCCUCAGAGAUCAGCUGCAUGGAGAAGCUGUGCCACCCCAACAUAGUGCGUCUGUACGAGGUGAUGGAGACCAGCAGGAAGCUGUAUCUGGUGAUGGAGUACGGCAGCAGUGGGGACCUGUUCUCCAGAAUUACCACCAGGGGGAAACUGAACGACCUGGAAACCAAGCUGGUGUUUGCACAAAUCAUCUCUGCUGUAAAACACAUGCAUGACAACAACAUCGUCCACAGAGACCUGAAGGCGGAGAACAUCUUCUACACCACCAGCUACUGCAUCAAGGUGGGAGAUUUCGGCUUCAGCACAGAGACCGGCCCCAAUGAGCUCCUCACAAACUUCUGUGGCUCCCCACCAUACGCUGCUCCCGAACUGUUUAAGGACAAAGGUUACAUUGGACGCUACUCAGACACCUGGGCUUUAGGUAUUCUCUUGUACUUCAUGGUGACAGCCACCAUGCCCUUCUACGGGGAGAACAUGGGGAGGCUGAAGCGCUGCAUCCUUCAGGGGGCCUACAGUAUUCCUGCGUAUGUGCCCGAUGCGUGCCAGCUGGUCAUUAAGGGCAUGCUGCGGCCUGUGCCUAUCGAUCGCUCGACUCUAACGCAGAUUACAAACAGUAUGUGGCUGAAGGGGAUUGAGUACCCUGGUCCAUAUGCCAUGCUGCCCCUGUCACCGGCCCACUUUGCCCAGGAGGACCAGGCUCUGUGUGUGGAGGAGCAGGAGGUGAAGAGCUUGCUGUCAGAUCUGGGUAUUGUGGCAGUCCAUUUCCAAAACAAUCCCUGCAAAGACUGUAGGAGCCCUUUGACUGGGACCUACCGGAUCCUUCUCCAUCGGGUCCAGAAGAGGAGGUCAGUGGAGGCUGUUGGUUAUUCAGCGCUUAACCCUGAAGAGUAUGAGAGUCCAAAGCCGUGGUCUGUGACACCUGUGGCCAAACAAACUCCUACAGCUGUCUGUGUUCUGCUGUAAAGAGAAAUAACUGGAGUGGACUUGCUUUAGUUGUUGCACUUUAUCACAUACACAUGUGUCCAUGCAUGCUGAUACUCCUUCAGUCACUUCAGGCUCCUGUACUCGCUGAGGCAUUAUGUUACAUGUUGAGAAAUACUCAAGUUGUGUUGUGCAAUACUGGGCUGAAAUGUUGACAAAAGGAAUUUGAGGUCGGAGCCAGAGGGUUCCUCUGUCCCACUGUGUAAGUCAAUUAUAGCUUAUGGGCUAGGGCACAUCUCAAGUAAUUAGCUAUGGCUUUGUGUUCUAAUUAUUCACCAACAAAAGCUUACUGACGCACAACAUUCAUCAAUCACUGUAUGGCUAUCAGCAUCUUCCAAUCCCUUUUAGUCAGAACAUAAAUCUACCAAACUAAUCCGGGGCUACAGGUAAUCCUAAUAAGAUAAACACUGGGGACAUGCUUGGGUUAGAGAAAUGAAACCUGGCACUGUUUAAAAAUGUCCUGGGAAAAUGACAUGAGGCAUAGAAAAUAAUUAGGACCACAUGAGGCCAGAGAUAAAAUGUAAAACCAGUCUGCAGCCCUCUUCAGUUGUUGCAAUACAUUCUCUCUCAACUCAUCAAAUACCAACACUUGGUCAGUGGCCCUAGAUAACCCCCUAGCAUUAGUUUUUGAUGCUCAGGGACACUGUGUCAAGUGACACUUCAAAAUAAACUUCCGUUUUACAGGAAAUGUACAGUUUCCA